AUGAACAAAAUCUUGGAAAGUGCUUCGCACAUGCUCACUCCUUUUUCUGCAUCUACGGUCUCUGUCCCAUACAAAGACGAAGUUCGAGAGUUUCCUGUCCAUGUGCGACCACUCUGGGACUGGGCCCUUGAUCUUCUCCGUGAUCCCCAGUUAGCCUCGCAUUUCACUUGGGAUGCCGAAAAGAUCUUCAAAUUUGAUGGCCAUGAAUGGGAUCGUGUAUUUCAUGAGCCGUGGACUGCUGAUAGCUUUUGGAGAGCUCAAUCGGCAGUUCCAGAGACAGGGGGGCCAUUCUGUAUAAUUCUAUAUGCUGAUAAGACAAAGCUCUCAACAUUCGGGACAGAAAAGGGAUACCCUGUGAUUGCGAGGUGUGCAAAUCUACCUACCAAUAUCCGUAAUGGCAGUGGUAUCGGUGGUGGGUGUGUAGUUGGUUGGCUCCCAAUUGUCUCAGAAGAUCCUGCAGAGACUCACAAGACAGGAUUCGUUAACUUCAAGAAUGCUGUAUGGCACAAAUCUUUUUAUGUUUUGCUUGAGACCAUUGCCAAAUCGUCAAAAAUUGGGUUCUGGUUUGAAUGCGCUGAUGGUGUGCGGCGAUGGUUAUUUCCUUUGAUCUUGAUUUUGUCUGCAGAUUAUGAAGAACAAUGUGUUAUGGCAUUGAUCCGUGGCGCCCGUGGAAAAUGCCCAUGUCCAAUUUGCUUAGUUCCAGAUAAUAUGCUUUCUGAUCUUUCACAAGAUUUUCCUCUUCGUACUUCUGAAAACUCUCAGGAUAUCUUUAAGGAAGCAAUGAUGAUGGCAACUGUAUUAGAAAAAGAGGAAUUAUUGAAACAAUAUAGCCUUCGAGGUGUUGAGAAUGUUUUUUGGUCGAUUGCAAAUGUCAAUCCAUAUCAAGUAUUAUCAUGGGAUCGCCUUCAUGCUUAUCAUCUAGGCUUAUUUGGAGACCACUUGUGGUUUGAAUUAAAGCAAUAUAUUUCUGAUUGGGGUCGAUCAGCUGAAUCACAAGUUGAUAAUCAAGCUGCAAUGAUGCCACGCUGGAGAAAUCUAAAUCACUUUGAUGAAAUCAUGAAGAUAUCAUUCUCAAAUGGAAAAAAAUUUGAGGACAUAUCAAAAAUUAUAAUCUUUAUUACACACAAUGUCUUUGGCAAUCUACAGUCACACAAGCCAUGUUAUGCAUUAUUGCACAAGACAAUUUAUGCUGGGGAGCAAGAGCUUCAAAGAUUUGGUGAUCUCAUCCAGAACUAUAGCAAUGAAAUAGCUUUCAAUAAAAACUGGAACUUUCCCAAAAUGCAUACUCACAAACAUAUUUUCCAAGACAUUCAACAAAAGGGUGUAACACGGAAUUACAAUACAAAGCCUAAUGAAAAACUUCAUGGCCCACUCAAAGAUGCAUACUUACUCCAAUCAAAUAAAAAGGAAGUUGCUAGUCAGCUUCUUCAAAUUGACCACCACAACCUUGUGUUGUCACUCCUUUGGAGUGAAAUCACCACUCUUGAUGAGGAAGCUAACUCUGCUCAGAAGAAGAAAUCCACCCUCAUUACAAUCGGAAAUAUCAUCAUGGGAUCUAGAAAAUUGUCACUCACCUUUGAGAAUUUGGAGGCCACACGCAAUACUGAUAUUGCCUUCAAAAAUUUUCACCAGCGGUUUGUGCACUGGCUUUCGGAAUUUCUGCCAUCAUAUAGAAUCAACCUGCCCAAUGGAAAGCGUGUCAAAUUGACUGCAGGCCAUACUAUCCAAGAGUACCAGUCUCUGAAAGUAAAAUAUGAAUCUAUGGUGGAUUGGCGACAAAGUAUGGAUUAUCUCCAUUGCAGUCCACUGUUCCAUGGUCACCCACGAUAUGACCAUGUCAUUGUGCAAACAAUAACUAGCUGCAUCUUCACGCAACUGGUUUUCUUGUUUACUUGGAGGAUAUCAGAUGACCAAGAACUUCCAAUUGCAUUGAUCCACCCCCUUGAUGCUCCUAUAGGAGCAUUGCACCAGAAGGAUGAAGCUCUAGGGUUUUUCCGACUUCAUGCAAAGCCUCGGGUGUCCUCGGAAUUCAUCUUUGUCCGUUUCAUCAUCCGAGGUGCAUUAGUUGUACAGGACUUUUCAAAGCCUGGCAAAAUCUGGUGGUUGACACCAUCAAUCCUGACAUGUUCCUUCGAGUGCAGAGGAUCCGGAAUCAACCGUGAUAGCCUAAUAGACAUAAGCAGUAGACACAGCAUUCAGCAUAUGGUUAACCCUUGCUCGGGAGUAUGGAAGGCAGCAUGA